AUGGGGAGCACGUCGGGGUCGUCGCUGGCCAGCGCGCGGGGGCAGCCCGCGGAGUCCCCCGGCACGCCCCCCGACGAGCCGCGAUCCCCGCCGCUGGCCGACGCGCGGGACGCCGGCGCCGCCCGCCCGCCCAGGCGUCUCGUCCAGGACCCCUGCAAGACGGACCUGAGCCAUUUCAGGCCCAAGGCAGAGUUCGACGCGCUGCCGCACGGCGACUUCGUCCGCGUGCGACCGCUCGGCGAAGGCUUCAACGGGACGGUCCAGCAGUACAGGUGGCGCAAGCCCGAGGGUGACAUCCAGGUCGCCGUGAAGAAGAUUCCUCUCGAGCAGCUCAGCAGGGUCGCUCUCACAGAGACCGACGAGCGAACUUCGCAUUUCAGGCUGCCCUCCGGCAGGCCCAAAGCGUUUGUGGAGGACUCGCUGAGCGAGAUCGGGGUGCUGUCGUACCUCGCGCGGCAGCCCGGCUGCCCGCGCGGCCUGCUGAGGCUUCUCGGGGUGUUCUCGGAAGACCGCGCUUUCGUGUGGGUGGUCACGGAGCUCGCCGAGGCUGGCGAGUUGUUCGGCCACGUCGUCUCUGGCGCAGCCAGCGGAGAAGUGCAGGCGCGGCGGUACACGAGGGAGAUGCUCGACGCGGUCGCGUACUUGCACAAGCAUCACAUCGGUCACCGGGACCUAUCCCUCGAGAACAUGCUGUUGACAAAGGACAAAACGUUGCAGGUGAUGGACUUCGGGAUGUCAGUGCUGAGCCACUCCGCUUCCGGCGAAGAGCUGCGCUACUUCCGCCUGGUGGGCAAGGACCAAUACAGGGCGCCGGAGUGCUACGUGCCAGAGGUGGAGGACGUGCACCUCGUGUGCCCGCUGGGCGCCGGGCCAGGCGAGGUCCGCAUGGAGAGGCUUGCCGGCGCCUGGAGCAGCCACAUGGCCGUGGUGCGCCUCCCCGCGGACGCCCAGCCCGGGGAGCCGUGCAGGGCCGCGGUGUGGGGCUACGCCGCUCAGC